GUCCGUAGAGAGAGGUCUACUGACCGUAGGUAUACCUACCUGUUCUGUUUUGAAAAUUGAGGUGUUUGGACCAUCGAUGCCGCGUGGCUUCCGCGAAGAGCUUGUCGUCUGUUUAGAAAAAUAAUUAUUAUACCUUGCAAAAUGCAGACCUCCGGGCCCAGCGCGGCCCGUCAACCGCUGCCUGAGGUCAAUAUGAAAUUCAAAAGGGCCACUCUGGAACGAGCGGAGAAGUUUAUUUCGGACAUCUAUUUCACAGAUGUGAAUCUGCGCGGCCAGCUCUAUCCCGACACGCAGCCGGUGGAGGAGAUACAUCACUAUGGUAGCAGCGGACGGUACCUAUCGCCGGCUCAGGCCACGGGAGGCCGCGGUGAAGUGAAGGUCGGCGACUCGUUUGGCCCGACAUGGGCGACACAUUGGUUCCGCGUCACGGCCGAGGUGCCGGAGAGGUUUGCCGGCCAGCAAGUUCGCCUGCGUUGGAACACAGGGUGCGAGGCUAUGGUGUACAGCACUGAGAAUGAGCCACUACAGGGUCUAACGGAGCUUGGUGGACAGGAGCGCACAGACUUUAUCCUCUCUCGAUCGGCAGUGGCUGGACAAAGGUACGUAUUUCACAUUGAGAUGGCGUGCAAUCCCAUCAUGGGUGCCGGUCACGCAGGCAUGAUCAACCCACCCGACCCCAAUCGGACGUUCACCCUGGCCCAGUGCGAGCUGGCCGUCUACGACCCAGACUGCGCCGCACUCUACUACGACCUGGAGCUGCUGGUUGCCAUGGCAAGCAAGAUGGACGACAAGUGGCCGCGAUCGUAUCAGGCGCUCUACACUGCUAAUGAGAUCGUCAACGCGUGUCGCGUCGGCGAUCGCGACAGUUACAAGCGGUGCCACGAGAUUGCACGCCAGUUUUUCAACCAGCACAACGGAGACAGCCAGCUGACCAUCGCCUCCAUGGCCAAUUGUCACAUCGAUUGUGCCUGGCUCUGGACCUACGAGGAAACGGUUCGCAAGUGCGCGCGCAGCUUUGCGUCAACACUACGCCUAAUGGAAGAUUACCCAGAGCUCAACUUUGCUUGCUCCCAGGCUCAGCAAUAUGAAUGGGUCAAGGUACACUAUCCUGGUCUCUAUGAUCGAAUGAAGACAGCUGUGGCUGACGGCCGAUUCAUAUCAGUCGGUGGCAGCUGGGUGGAAAUGGAUGCUAACAUGCCUGGCAGUGAAGCGCUAGCGAGACAGUUCCUGGUCGGCCAACGCUUCUUCAAACAGGAAUUCGGCCAGUAUUGUCAAGUUUUCUGGCUUCCGGACACGUUUGGCUACUCCAGUCAGCUUCCUCAGCUGAUGACCUCUGCCGGCAUGAAGUACUUCCUCACGCAGAAGAUCAGCUGGAAUCUCAUUAACAAGUUCCCGCAUCAUUCAUUCAAGUGGCAAGGUCUGGAUGGCACACAAGUCAUCACACACUUUCCUCCGGCCAACACGUACGGUUGUGAAGUUACUAUUGAUGAGGUUUUGAAUACGGUCACGAAUCUGGAGGACAAGGGUCGCGUGUCAGAGAGUCUUAUGCUGUACGGGUAUGGUGACGGUGGAGGUGGACCAACAGAAGGCAUGCUGGAGAGGAUGCAGCGACUCAAGGACUGUGAUGGUUUGCCUAGAAUCCGCCCGUCCACCCCCAUGGACUUCUUCAGCAAGCUGGAGUCGACGUCAGCGUCAUCGUUGUGUACUUGGGUCGGCGAAAUGUACCUGGAGCUGCACAAUGCUACCUACACUACGCAGGCUGAGAUCAAGAAGGCGAACCGUGUAGGCGAGUUCCUGCUGCGAGAUGCCGAGACAGUGUCCGCAUUCGCCAGUUUGCUCAAACUUGCAGACUACCCGCACACGGAGCUGCUCCGCAUUUGGAAGCUGUUCUUGCUGAACCAGUUUCAUGACAUUCUUCCGGGGACUUCCAUCGAGGCGGCUCACGAUCUCGCCAAAGACUACUACAAAGACGUUCACAAAUCCGCCAAGCAAAUGUUUGUAACAGGAUUGGAUGCACUAUUGACUUCGUCCACCGGACAACCAUCAACAGAAGCUGCUGCCGGUGCUGGCACCGACAGUUCCAGUGUGUUGACGGCUGCGCUAGUGAAUCCAUUCUCUUGGCAGAGGGAAGAAGUAUGCAGUGUACCGGCCGGUGUGCAAGUACCUGACGGCUGCAGCGUACAGCGUAAUGCUGGUGAUGAUGGCAGCGUUCUUGCACUUGUUCAAGUCCCAUCGCUCGGCGUCGCAUGUGGCAAGACUAUCUUCUCCGCAUCGCAGGCUUCAACUGCUGUUGUCGAGGCUGUCGAGGAGUCGGUGGGCGCCUAUCGCCUUUCCAACAAACACCUGCAUGUGACCAUCGAUCGUCAUGGCCAGUUAACAUCUCUCAUUGUCAACAAAACUGGACGGGAAGCAUUGCCCGAAGGUCAAACUGGCAAUCGCCUUGUGAUGUUUGACGAUAUUCCACUGUUCUGGGAUGCCUGGGACGUAAUGCCAUACCAUUUAGAAACACGGCGGGUUUUGGACAAUGCAACAGAGUUGAGAGUGACUGAGACGGGUCCACUGCGUGUCAGUGUGCAGUACAAAGUGCAGAUCAGCGAGCGGAGUCACCUCGUACAGACCAUCUCACUGUGCAGUAACGAGGAGUUUGUGAGAUUUCACACACGGGUGGAUUGGCAUGAGAACCGUCAGUUCCUCAAGGUGGAGUUCCCGGUGGAUGUGAGCAGCACGGAAGCCACUUACGAGACACAGUUUGGCCACACACGCCGUCCCACUCACUCCAACACCUCCUGGGAUGUGGCUAAGUUUGAGCUGUGCGGACACAAGUGGUGUGACUACUCCGAGUACGGGUUUGGAAUGGCAGUGAUGACCGACUGCAAGUAUGGCUACUGCGCUAAGGACAAGCUCAUCCGUAUCUCAUUGCUUCGUUCACCCAAAGCACCGGAUGGCAAUUCGGACAUGGGUUGUCAUGAGUUCAGCUACGCAGUAUUUCCCCAUCAAGGAUCAUUCCAAGAUGCUGGUGUGAUUCGCCAGAGCUACAACUUCAACCACCCGCUGUCAAUCAUGGCCAGAGCAUCGUCGUCACCGCAAGCUGCAGUACCGGCAUCAAGCUCGGUAUCAUGGCUGACCAUUGACAAUCCUGCAAUCGUGCUGGAAGCCGUGAAAAUGGCUGAGGAACAGGUUGAGGGCCGUCCAGGAAGCCUUAUCUUGCGUCUGUACGAGUCUUUCGGCGGCCGAGCUACGGGCAACAUUCGUUUUACGUUUCCCGGUGCACUGAACGUACAGUCGGUAGUGAAAUGCAACAUCCUUGAAGAGGCAAUAGCCGACUCAAAUGGAGCCACACCGUCACUGACUUCUUCAGGCAGCCAAACGGCACAGCUGUGCGUGAAGCCGUUUGAGGUUGUCACUCUGCGAUUGGAAUUCUAAUCCACUCUCUCCUGUCUCUUGUUUACCCUGCUAAUCUUUGAGUGAGUGAGUGGAAUUGCAGCCAUCGUGUUCUCAACGUAGAGGGCACUGUCUUUCGAGGUUGUCACUGUGCGACUAGAAUUCUAAUCCACUCUCGCUGCUCCUUGAAUGAGGGGCAUUUCCAGUCACCGUGUUCUCAACGUAGAGGGCACUGCUGACCACUUUAUCAACACUGGACAAUAGUCGCCUGACUACUAACAUUGUGCAUACGCAGAACAGAAUGCUUCCAAGCUAUUUCAAAAUAGAGUGUUCGAUGUCUAGGGCCAGAGCAACUUACAACACCCUCUUCUUGUUGUACUUCGAAGUACAUGUAUAUAUUAUGCAGAACUGCGGCUAUUUUUCUAUUAGGUUUUCUAGUCGUUUGGGAUUUUAUUCUAUUUAUGUUUAUUCAUUAUUUUUUUCACGUGAGCUGAUCUUGUCACCGGGGCGAGCUGGUCUCGUUCCCAGACUAUGUCCACGGUACUACUGAA